AUGUUCGCUAUCAACUCAGCAGCGGUCAACCAUUCGACCAGGGACUUCCUGGUAUACUCGGCGAUUGUUGGCCUGCCCCUCAAUUUUAUCCGCUUCAUCCUCAUGGUUCGGCCUACUGGCUUCUUUACACUUAUUCUUCUUACCUGCUCGGCCAUCUUCGGUUUGACCGUGAGACGCCUGCACCGCCAAGGCGCACAUCUGAAAUCCACCUUCGCCACACCUAUCACUGAGCCAUUGAACUGUCUCAUCGCAGAUAUUUUGUUAGCUAUCUUGUCUCUCAUCACACUCAUUUUCACAUGGACGUGUAACCGAUGGCAAGAAACUGGGCAGACUUUCCUAGUGGCUUAUUCGUCCACACCAUUGAUGUUCAAUAUGUUCCUUCACUUUUACUUGGCACUACUUGUGUUACUGAGAACGCAUAAGAUGAAGGGCAUCCUCCGGGAACUAAUUGGCGACCUGGUGCCCAGCACUCCUCAUCAAUGCACACAUUGUCACGGUCGACCGGAAUACCACGAUGAUCAUGAUGAAGAGCAGCCGCUAGUGACCCCUUCGGUUGGAGAUGAAGAAAAUUCACAUGGAAAUGAGGUGGCUGGCCCUUCAGGCGUUUGGGGCCAGUGA